UAAGCACACAGAACUCAACAGGCGUUCAAAGCAUUCACAGCAAAGCCACAAGCAACCCAAACACCCAAAGGAUUACAAUAAAUUUUGGAUUUAAAAAGAUAAAACCAGUUCGAAACCCACAAUGGAUCUUACGCAACUGUACACAUGGGCCUGUCUUCUGCUCAGCAUUAUCGCCUGCAAGCUGUCCCAGUGCAGCGCCAAGCCCACUUACUAUGACGUGGAUAGCUAUGAGAACUAUGACACCGAUCGCUAUGACAGUUACAGCGGCAGCUCCUACGCCCUCACCUAUGGCAAGCCACUGACAGAGAACCGCCUGAAGAAACUUAAUCCGGGCUACUACUAUGUGGAUGAUGGGUACAUUGCGCCCGUCUCCACGGGCACCAACACCAACACUCGUCGCCAAGACGCCAGCCUCCACGAUGGUACCCUGCCCUCCAAUGUGAAGUUCACUCCACUCGUUCGCGUCCGACAGACCCGCACCAAGCGCAAGAAGCUGUUCGUGCCCAACUUCUUUGGCUAGACGGUGCUGCUCCAAACCGGAUGCGAGAGUACAGACUGAAGAUGAUCGUUAUGCAUUAGAAUAGGGAUUAAUUAUUUUAUUAGUCGAGUCGCAAACCAAAAAAGUACCUUAUACUGUUAAAUAUUUUA